AUCAUGGAAAAUAUUAAGGUCUGGCUGGUUGUCUUGCUUAUUAGAUUUAUCUAUGCAGGCAUGCAAAUACUCUCCAAGGCUGCCUUCAAUGAUGGCAUGAGCGUAUUUGUGUUUUUGUUUUAUAGACAAUUUGUUGCUACUCUUCUCUUGGUACCCAUCGCUUUUGUACUUGAGAGGAAGAGAGCUCCACCACUCCCAUUUAUGGUGUUCUUCAAGAUGUUUUUACUUGCUUUAUUUGGAAUUGCCGCAGGAACAGACAUAUAUUCCAUUGCCCUCAGUUACACCUCAGCAACCUUAUCAGCUGCAACCAUGAAUGUUACUCCGGUGGCCACUUUCAUUUUGGCUAUUGUAUUAGGGAUGGAAACUGUCAAGCUAAAGAGAUACUCAGGGAUCGCAAAGGUUUCUGGUGUUGUACUCUGCCUAUCUGGCAUUUUAGCAAUGGCCUUCUAUAGAGGGCCUCAAUUGAAAGCUCUGAAGCAUCAUCCUCUCUUUGGCCAUGGAGAUAGUCACACAAAUCAAGCUAGGGGAGAUUCCAAAAGCACAUGGAUUCUGGGGACCUUCCUCAUGAUCCUUUCCAACUUCUUGUGGUCUCUUUGGAUUUUGUUCCAGGAACCUUUGUUGAAGGAAUAUCCUUCCAAACUUCUGUUUACCACCUUACAAUGCGUCUUUAGCACCAUCCAAUCAUUCUUUAUUGCGCUAACAUGUGAGAGGGACUUUUCUCGGUGGAAAUUGAGCUUUGACAUUAGCCUCAUCUCAGUGGCAUACUGUGGGAUUAUUGUUACUGGAGUUUCAUUUUACUUGCAAACAUGGACAAUUGAGAAGAGAGGCCCAGUUUUCUUUGCCAUGACGAUGCCGUUUACUCUAAUUAUCACCAUCAUAGGCUCCGCGUUUCUUUUGGGAGAAUUAAUUAGUUUGGGAAGUGUUUUAGGUGCAAUUCUCAUGGUUGGAGGGCUCUACAGUGUUCUCCAGGGAAAAAGAAGAGAGCAUAUGGAUAGCAAUCUUCCAAAGUAAUGGCACCACCAUCGUGGCAACACAUGUGUAAAUUAGAUUGGACAAUUAUGAUUUUAAAGAAGAUCUUUUGUGUUGUAAUUUGUGAGUUGCAUAUUUAUGGUAUAUCUUUGUACUAUUAAGUCUUGAA